AUGACCGCCACCCUGACCAUCUACUCUGCCACCUUCAUGCGCUACGCCCUCGCUGUCUCUCCCAAGAACUACCUCCUCUUCGCCUGCCACGCCGUCAACUUCUCCGCCCAGCUUGCCCAAGGAUACCGCUACCUCAACUACUGGAACUGGGGAGGCCGUGAAGCCAAGCUCGCCCAGGCCGCGCAGCAAGGCAAGGAGGCCACUGAGGCUGGUGCCUAA